AUGAACAGACUCUUUGGAACCAAAAGCAACGUGCCAAAGCCAUCGCUCGACGAUGCUAUCAAGAGUAUAGAUGAGCGUACAGGCUCACUUGAUGUGAAACUUUCCAAAAUUAACGCUGAGUUGCUGACCUACCAACAAAAGAUUGCCAGAAUGAGAGACGGACCUGGAAAGUCAGCGCUUAAGCAGAAAGCCUUGAAGCUUUUGAGACAGAGAAAGCAGAUCGAAGGGCAGAAGGAUCAGCUAGAGAAUCAGCUGUGGAACAUGACUCAAGCGCUGAUGACCACUGACAACUUGAAGAAUACAGUGAUAACCAUGGACGCCAUGAAGUCUGCCAACAAGGCAUUAAAGGCGCAGUAUGGAAAGAUCAACAUUGACAAGAUCGAGCAGCUCCAGGAUGAGAUGCUUGACUUGAUCGAUAAGCUGAAUGAGCUCCAGGAGUCACUACUGAUGAGUUAUGAUGCUCCAGAGGAUAUUUCUGAGCUGGAGUUGGAUGCGGAGCUCGAUGCGUUGGGCGAAGAAAUGAAUUUUGAGUCUGAGAUGAAUGAGUCGGGUUUAGGCGUUCCGUCGUACUUGAAUGAUGCAGAGGGGACCCAGAACUUGCCUCCGUUUAUUGACGAGCCCGAAGAGGCAGAGAAGGUGGCUAGUUAG